CCUCACCUGGAGCUGAACGCCCGUUGUGAGAGCUCAUUCGCUACGUCGCUCUCGUUAGGCGCGAAUGUGAGGGCUCUAAUUCGCAUGCCGCCUCUAGCCCAAUUGCGUCCCCUCCCUGAGCCGUAAGACCACAGACGUGGAACCUCUGCACACCUGGAGUCUACUGUGAUCCCAGAGCAGACUGCCUGCUGCUCGCCUCCUGUUGCCGCUCCCCGCACCACGCCGCAGCUGAGGGAAGGCCGCGCCUGGAGUCAGAGCGACGUUGCUGCCUUCCCAUCCCCGCCUUGACGAGACGGAAGGGUCGCGCCUGCCGCCGCAACCAUGAACGGCUACAGUGGCACCAUCACGCCCGGGGGCAUGUACGUGAAGGCGCUCUACGACUACGAUGCCGACGAUCGCACGAGCUUGAGCUUCCGCCAGGGCGACAUCAUUCAGGUCAUCACGCAGCUGGAGAGCGGAUGGUGGGACGGGGUGAUCAACGGUGUUCGCGGCUGGUUCCCGAGCAAUUAUUGCACCGUCGUGCAGCGGUCGAGCGAGAAUGUCGAGGACGACAGGAAUGGCGCGGAGCCGGUCGACGAUCACGAUACCCAGUCGCUGGACGAUACCGACUACACCAACUCUGACACUGAGUCGAUCAGCGGGAACGACACGAUACUGCCCAUCGAGCGCCACAACGAGAACAACAAUGCCAGCAGCAAAGAGGAGGAGGCCGCGUUCUGGAUACCUCAGGCGACGCCAGACGGCAGGCUCUUCUACUUCAACACCCUGACAGGGGUCAGUACCAUGGAACUGCCUCUAGAAUCCCCUGCUGCAAACGAGAGCGGACCCCGCGACCGCGUGAACGUCUUCAUACCAGAAUCGUCAAGGCCGCCGGCUGAGCUGCUCGCCUCUGGCACAAUGUACGAUACCGACGAUGAGACGUCAGCCUCAGACUUCGAAGGACACGGCAUCAAGGGCUCAUAUGGAAGGAAACGGCUGUCAAGUGGAGUUUCACCAGCAACUUCUACGGAGUCUAUGAACCAGGGUCUAGCACCAAGAUCCUACGAUGCGAACGGCACAAGCUUCUCAGGCGCUGCUAUACCACCGAUUGGCACCACAGCUACGUCCUUCGCGAACAGCCCUCCAACUGGAGGACCAUCGACAUCUGCGCAGUCACGAAAGUUCUACGAUGAUGUGAACCCAGUGCCCUUGACAUGGAAUAGGAUGGUGGAGGACAUGCGCCGAGCCAUCGAGCGCUACCGCGAGGCCAUCAACAAUAGCGACCGGUCUGAGUUUGUCAAGAGGGCAGAAGAUAUCUCUGAUCACUUGCGAUUACUGCUCGCUGCAGGCUCUGGAACCACUGACAAUCACUCUGGAAAUCCUUCAAUCAUAUCUACUAACAAGGCUCUGUACCCACAUUUCCGAGAGACAAUGUCGAGAUUCUCUAAGCUGGUCCUCUCCUCUCACAUCGCUGCGUCUGAUUUCCCACCGCCAGACUCAUACACAAAGUGCUUGAAAGAGGCGGAUGGUGUCCUGAAUGGCGUUUACGGCUUUGUCGAGGUAGCUCGUCAACAGUGUGGAGAAGAUAUUCCUCGCUUGGUACCUGGCUUCAUCGUCGGUAGCGGCGUUAGUGGGAAUUGGCACAACAAUGGAGCGGACUUACGAGACAGCAACGGCAUCUCAUCCUUCAUGGAGGACGAAUUCGAACCUCCUGUUGAACCUACCGUAAAGCUGGACUCUCGCGUACUCGAAAGAUUGGAGGAUAUCAAGCGACUCAUUGUAUCGAGUGUCCGUCGAUUGGACGAGCAAUGUGUUGUUCGUGACAAGGUGGUCUCGCGCCAAAGACACCAGUUGGUUGGCGAUCACAUUUGCACCGCUGGAGGAAAGGUCCUCGAAGUGUGCCGGCCAUGGCUAUCCACGAUCGAAUCGAUCAACCUCUCCUCGACAAGCUCGACUAUGCCAGAACAGCAACUAAGCGAAUUCAGCAUACAGAAGCAGAAGGUGUACGACGUGGUUUCAGAGCUAGUAAUCGCGUGUCAAGGCGUUGCAGCACCGCUGGGCGACGAGUGGGCCGAACUGCGUGGCGACUCCCUCGAGGAUCGAAUCAACGCCGUUCGAGCUGUCUCGAGAGAUCUCGAAACCAUCGUUGCCCAACAGUACGGACUCUUGCAGAAUUUAUCAGAAGCAGUCCCCCUCUCAGACAUCACCGUUCGCACUGACUCUCGGAGAUUCACCGACACAGACUCCGAGCUCGCGGCUUCGCAUGCUCGAGGACCUUCAGCGACGCUAAGGCCAUUGCUGAAGGAUGUGCCCCAAUCCAAAACAUACAGUGAAGGCACUGCACUGGACGAGAACAAGAUCGACUCGAUACAGCCUCCAAGAAACAACAAGAAGCUGAAGGACUUCUUCGGCGAAGUACCUGUCAUUCCGCAGACCACUGUCGAGGAGAUUCCGGAGUACUUGAAGCUCGACCACGAAGGAGAAAUCUCCUAUGAUCAUAAGGUCACUCCACCACAGCUACGCGGCGGUACAUUGGCAGGUCUUGUGGAGCAACUGACGCGCCACGACCGUCUUGAUCCAGCAUUCAACAACACAUUCCUUCUCACAUAUCGAUCGUUUACUACGGCAUCUGAGCUUUUUGAAAUGCUGGUCAAGCGGUGGAGCAUACAGCCGCCUCACGGCCUAGCCAAAGAGGACUACCAGACAUGGGUGGACAGGAAGCAGAAGCCUAUUCGAUUCCGUGUGGUGAACAUUCUCAAGAGUUGGUUUGACAACUAUUGGAUGGAAGGCAACGACGAGGAGGCACGGAUAUUGAUCCAAAGAGUGUACAACUUCGCAAAGGACCACGUUGCGACAACUAGCACACCUGGUGCCGCCCCCCUAAUGACCUCUGUCGAGCAACGUUCUCGUGGCCCAGAUAUGCCAACGAAACGACUCGUACUCACGCUCAGCGCCCAGACGCCACAGCCAAUUCUACCAAAACACAUGAAGAAGCUGAAGUUCUUGGACAUUGACGCCACAGAGUUUGCGCGCCAGCUGACUAUCAUCGAAUCGAAACUUUAUGGCAAGAUCCGACCGACAGAGUGCUUGAACAAGACAUGGCAAAAGAAGUUAGCACCCGGCGAGCCGGACCCAGCUGCAAAUGUGAAGGCGUUGAUUCUCCACUCUAAUCAGUUGACGAACUGGGUGGCGCAAAUGAUCCUGACCCAGCAGGACGUCAAGCGCAGAGUGAUAGUCAUCAAACACUUCGUCAAUGUCGCCGAUAAAUGUCGAUCAUUGAACAACUUCUCGACAUUGACAUCAAUCAUCUCAGCCCUGGGAACUGCGCCAAUCCACCGUCUGAACCGGACAUGGAGCGCAGUGAACCAGCGGUCAAUGGGUGUCCUGGAGAGCAUGCGCAAACUCAUGGGCAGCACCAGAAAUUUCGCGGAGUAUCGAGACACACUUCACAGGGCGAACCCGCCUUGUAUACCUUUCUUCGGUGUCUACCUUACUGAUCUGACGUUCAUCGAAGACGGCAUCCCUUCACUGAUCAAGAAAACGAACCUGAUCAAUUUCGCCAAGCGCGCAAAGACCGCCGAGGUAAUCCGCGACAUUCAGCAGUACCAAAACGUGCCGUACCCACUGCAGCCUGUGCCUGAUCUGCAGGACUACAUUUUGACAAAUAUGCAAUCUGCAGGCGAUGUGCACGAAAUGUACGAGAUGAGUUUAUCCGUUGAGCCGCGCGAGCGCGAAGACGAGAAGAUUGCAAGACUUCUCUCCGAGUCUGGAUUCCUGUGAUGAUACCCCACGAAGCGUUUGAUCUAUCGAUCUUGGAUGAUGGCGAUGGCGUUGGGUCACAUUUUGGCUACGAUAUACGAUUGAGGCGCUCGUUUUCUGGCGCGCAGGCGAAUAUUACUCAGUACUGUGUUGCAUUUUUGGCAUUGGAAAACGAACCGCGUACGGUUUGCUCGUCUAUUGUUCUCGCUAUUGAUAUUAUUUCUAGAAGCUGCGUGGAUGUUUACGAGGCUGUCUAGUUCGAGUUGCCGAUUAUUGAGAACGAACGUUUGCGGCGGCGGCUGGCGGUGUGCGCGGAUGGGUGGCCUCAUAAGGGUUUUUACGAGACUUUACAAUGCUGGCUUCCUUCACCCCUCGUGUUGCCAUAGGACGAGGCAAACGAUG